UUUUUGGUUUCAGUUCCAGGCUCAGCAAGUAUCAAGAGAUGCUGCAUCUACAAUGGAUUCGUGUGGGAAAAAAACUGAGGGAAACAAACAAAAACAUCCCUGUGGGAAAGAUGAGAAGGAGACAAAAGCAGAGAGCCCAGAGGAACAGCAGCAGAGAGCAGACUCUCCUGUAGCCAGCAAUGUGUCCAUGACGAGUGACCGGUCAAUGAGUUUGUUUGUGGAUUUUAAAACUGGACAUACCGAUGAUGGAACGCCAGGAAUUAAAAGCCCAGAACCACAACACCAGAGACAAGAUUCUCUGACACCCAGCUGUGCGAGUAACAACUCAUUAUUUCGCCUUGACAAUUUUAAAACUGGCCAAAGUGAUGAUGGAACACCAGAAAUCAGAAGGCAAGAACCACAGCACCAGAGACCAGAUUCUCCUACACCAAGCUGUGCGAGUAACAACUCAUUAUUUCGCUCUGACGAUUUUAAAACUGGCCAAAGUGAUGAUGGAACACCAGAAAUCAAAAGACAUGAGCUGCAGAUCUCAGGGGUUCCCAAUGCUCCGUCUACACAGCAGGAUCAAAAAGACCUCAAGAACACAUUCAUGCUGGUUGAGCAGAACAUUGCCUGUUUUGUGAAAAAUGAGCUGAAGAAUUUUAUGCGUAUACUGGGAGCAGAUUACCCAGAAUGCUUAGAGAAUCAAACAGAUGAUGAGGCGCUUAUGGGCAGUGAGAUGGAAGAGCAGAAGAAGAGUUGCAGAGAGGCAUUUAUAAAGAUUACACAGUACUUCCUGAGGGCAAUGAAGGAGGAAAAGCUGGCCGAUUCUCUGCAUAACAGAACCCAGGGUGCAGUGUGUCAACGUAAACUCAAAUCUAAUCUGAAGAAGAGGUUUCAGUGUGUGUUUGAGGGGGUGGCUAAAGCAGGAAACCCAACGCUUCUCAAUCAGAUCUACACAGAGCUCUACAUCACUGAGGGGGAGAGUAAAGAAGUCAGUGAUCAACAUGAGGUCCGACAGAUAGAAGCAGCCUCUGGCAAAGAGGCAAGUUCAAAAUCCAUUUUCAGCUAUGAAGAUUUAUUUAAACCUUUACCUGGAAGGGAUAAGCCAGUCAGGACAGUGAUGACAAAGGGAGUGGCUGGAAUUGGUAAAUCAGUCUUAACACAGAAGUUCACUCUGGACUGGGCUGAAGACAAAACCAACAAGGACACUCUCUUCAUAUUUCCCUUCACUUUUAGGGAACUGAAUCUGAUGAAGGAGAAAAGGUUUAGCUUGAUGAAACUUGUUCAUCACUUCUUUAAUGAAACCAAAGAAACAGGAAUUUGCACGUUUGAAGAGUUCAAAAUUCUGUUCAUCUUUGACGGUCUGGAUGAGUGUCGACCUCCUCUGGACUUCCACAAGACUGAGAUCCUGACUGAUGUCACAGAGUCCACCUCAGUGGAUGUGCUACUGACAAACCUCAUCAGGGGGAAAUUGCUUCCCUCUGCUCACCUCUGGAUAACCACACGACGUGCAGCAGCCAAUCAGAUCCCUCCUGAGUAUGUUGACAAGGUGACAGAGGUCACAGGGUUCACUGACCCCCAGAAGGAGGAGUACUUCAGGAAGAGGUUCAGAGAUGAAGAGCAGGCCAGCAGGAUCAUCUCCCACAUCAAGACAUCACAAAACCUCCACACCAUGUGUCACAUCCCAGUCUUCUGCUGGAUCACUGCUGAAGUUCUGGAUCACACACUGAAGACCAAAGACAAAGCAAAGCUGCCCAAGACCCUGACUGAGAUGUACAUCUACUUCCUGGUGGUGCAGACCAAACUGAGUAAUGAAAAGUACCACAAAGAAGCUGAAACAUACUGGAAUAAAAAGAGCAGAAAAAUGGUCCUUUCACUAGGAAAACUUGCUUUUGAGCACCUGCAGAAGGGCAAACUGAUCUUCUAUGAAUCAGACCUGACAGAGUGUGGCAUCGAUAUCAGAGCAGCCUCAGUGUACUCAGGAGUGUUGACUCAGAUCUUUAAAGAAGAGAGAGGGGUGUACUGGAAGAAAGUGUUCUGCUUCGUCCAUCUAAGCGUUCAGGAGUUUCUGGCUGCUCUUUAUGUCCAUCUGACCUUUGCCAAAUCUGGAAAGAAUCUACUUUCAGGCCAGUCUUGUAGAAAGAAUGACUUCUAUAAGAGUGCUGUGGACAAAGCCUUGCAGAGCCAAAAUGGACACUUGGACUUGUUCCUCCGCUUCCUCCUGGGUCUAUCACUGCAGACCAAUCAAACUCUUCUACCGGGCCUGCUGACGCAAACAGGAAGUCUAGAAGUACAGAAAGAAACUGCUGAAUAUAUCAAGAAUAUCAUAAGCACAAGUUCUGAUUUAGAGAAAUGCAUCAGUUUGUUCCACUGCUUGAGCGAACUGAGGGAUUGUUCUCUAGUGGAGGAGAUCCAACACUCCCUGAGCUCAGGAAGUCCCUGCUCAGACAAACUCUCUUCUGAUCAAUGGUCAGCUCUGGUCUACAUCCUACUGUCUUCAGAAAAUGACUUAAAAGUGUUUGACCUGAAGAAAUACUCGACUUCAGAAAAAGCUUUUCUUAAGCUGCUGCCAGUAAUCAAAGCCUGCAGUAAAGUUCAGUUAAGUGGCUGUAAACUCUCUUCGAGAAGCUGUGAAACUUUGGCCUCAGUUCUCAGAGACAAGUCUCGAGUGUCGAGUGUGAAAGAGCUGGACCUAAGUGACAAUGACCUGCAGGACACAGGAGUGGAGCAUCUCUGUGACAUACUGAGGGAUCCGACGAGUACACUACAAAAGCUCAGGCUGACUAAUUGUAAAAUCUCUUGGCGAUGCUGUGAAGCUCUAGCCUCAGUUCUCAGCUCCGAGUCCUCUGGUGUGAAAGAUCUGGAUCUGAGUAACAACGAACUGCAGGACGUAGGAAUGAUGUCUUUUUGUGCUGGACUGAAGAGUCCAAAGUGUAGACUGGAAGUGCUCAGGCUGUCUAACUGUAAUCUAUCAAAGGGAAGCUGUGAAACUCUGGCCUCAGUUCUUCGGACAAAGUCCACACAUGUAAAAGAGCUGGACCUGAGUAACAAUGACCUGCAGGAUGAAGGAGUGACACUGCUUUGUGAUGGACUGAAGAGUCCAAACUGUACACUGGAAAAGCUCAGGCUGUCUUGUUGUAACAUUGAUUGGAAAAGCUGUGAAGCUCUGGCCUCAAUUAUCAGCUCCAAGUCCAACAGUGUGAACGAUCUGGACCUGAGCGAAAACGACCUGCCAGACCCAGGAGUGAAACAUCUCUGUGCUGGGCUGAAGAGUCCAAACUGUAGACUGGAAAAGCUCAGGCUGACCAGCUGUACCCUCUCUUGGAAAAACUGCAAAGCUCUGUCUGCAGUUCUCAGCUUCCAGUUUUUUAGUUUGAAAGAGUUGGACCUGAGUAACAACGACCUGCCAGAUGCAGGUGUGAAGUUUCUCUGUGCUGGACUGGAGAGUCCAAACUGUACACUGGAAAAGCUCAGUCUGUUGAGCUGCAACCUGUCAGGGAGAAGCUGUGAAGCUCUUGCCUUAGUUCUCAGGUCAAAAUCUUCUAGUGUGAAAGAGCUGGAUCUGAGUAACAACGACCUGCAUGAUGUACGAGGGAAGCUUCUUUGUGCUGGAUUGGAGAGUCCAAACUGUACACUUGAAAAGCUCCGGCUGUCAAGCUGUAAACUCUCUUUGGAAAGUUGUGACGCCAUAGCCAAAGUUCUCAGCUCCCAGUUUUCCAGUGUGAAAGAGCUGGACCUGAGUGACAAUGUCUUGCCGGACACCGGAGUAAAGCUUCUUUGCGCUGGACUAAAGAGUCCAAACUGCAGACUGGAAAAGCUCAGGCUGACGAGCUGUAACCUGUCAGAGAGAAGCUGUGAAGGUCUGGCCCCAGUUCUCAGGUCUGUGAAAGAGCUCUACCUGUGCAACAACGAUCUGCAGGAUGCAGGAGUGAAGCUUCUAUGUACUGGACUGAAGAAUCGAAAGAUUACACUGGAAACUCUCAGAAUGUCAGGCUGUUUGAUCACAAAUGAUGGCUGUACUUCUUUGGCAUCCGCCCUUAGUCACAACCGCUCCCAUAUAAGAGAGCUGGACCUGAGCUACAACAAUCCUGGAGACUCAGGAAAAAUGCAGUUGUCUGCUGGACUGAGCAAUCAACAAUGGAAACUGGACACUCUCAGAAUGGACAACUGUGGAGUGCAAAGACUAAAACCUGGUCUUAAAAAGUAUGCCUGUGAACUCAACCUGGACCCAGACACAGCACACAGAUACGUCAAGCUGACUGACAACAACAGGAGGGCGAUAAGGAGAGAUUGUCAGCAACAUCCUGAUCACGAAGACAGGUUCGACUUUUGGCCUCAGGUGCUGUGCACAGAAGCGUUGACUGGUCGCGCCUACUGGGAAGUGGAGUGUAGAGGAGAUGUUCAUGUUGCGGUGACCUACAGAGGAAUCAGGAGGAGAGGAGAAGGGAAUGCAUGCAAGCUCGGAGGGAAUCAUCAGUCCUGGAGUUUGUCCUGCUCUGAUGACUUUUACUCCGUCUAUCACAACGAUAGAGAAACUAAAGUCCCUUUCUGCUCAUACUCUCCCUCUCACAGAAUAGCAGUGUAUCUGGACUGUCCUGCUGGUACUCUGUCCUUCUACAGAGUCUCUGGUGACGCUCUGACCCCACUCCACACCUUUUACUGCACAUUUACCGAACCUCUCUAUCCUGCGUUUGGACUCGGCUUCAGAUGUUCGUCUACGUCUGGGAAUAAGCUACUGUCUGGUACUUUUGUGUCACUGUGUACUUCUACAGAGAGCACAGAAACAAAGGCAUCGGAAGGGGACUGAGUUUAAAAUCAAUGAGAGUCUGUGGACUGUGGAAGAGUCACUGACGGUACAAGGCAGCCGAUGUUUAAAACACAAAAGACUUUUAGUUGUGUCAUUUAUUCCACACAUGAAAUCCGUUUGCCAUGAUUGUCAGCAUCCAGGUUGACCUUUUUACAUGAGCUUUUAUUAUUAUUAUUAUUAUUAUUACUUUAGUUGGCUAAUUACAGUUUCUUUCCAUUUUUUUUUUGUUGAAUAUUGAAUUCUGGUUAAAAAGAAAGAGUCUUAUUUAUUGUUUGAUUAUUUUCAUUUUUUAGUUUUUAGUUAUCCAGAUCAUUCGUAGCUGUGUCCACAGCUGAGGUAGGAGGGGAAGACUUGUCCAAUGCCCCAAAACUGAUCCCUGGACACGUAGCAUGGCUUCCCACUGUGACUGUAUAUUUACUUUACUCUUUUAUUGUGGGCACAGACACGUUCACAAGUUCCCUCAUGUCAAUACAAUAAAAGCUGAAGAACAGGAAUUACGUUUUGGUCGGUAGUGAUUAUGUUUAUAUGUGCAUGUGCAGAACAUUAGUGUGAGUCAGUGUAUUACAUGUGAUGGCGAUGAAUGGAGCAAAUAUAAAAAUCAUGUGGAAUUUAUUUAUAAAUUAUUUGCUGUUAAAAUCACUGUAAUGAAUGAAUGCAUGAAUUUCAGUCACAGUAACUGCAGCCAAAUAUUUUACACUAACACAAAAAAAGGCUGAAGCCAAAGGCUUAUAUUUGCCUGUUCUAUACACUCCAUAAUAUAAAUGAUAAAUGUGGGUUUUUCCUACUUUCUUUCUUUCCCUUUAUGCCUUUAGUUUUAACUUUUAAAUGUUUUGUGAAAGUGUUGAGAUGACAUAUGUGACUAUGUGACUCUUUUUUGUAUUAAAUCAUGUUUAAGUGCU